AUGUCAACUUACGAGGACUUGCUCAAAGAGAACAGCGAGUACUGUACUUUGCUGUCCAAGGAAGAAUUACAGGAGUAUCUGGACAACAGUUGGGACAGUAGAGAUACUUACCUGAAGAACUUCAAGGUGUAUUACUCCAACUGGGAAACGGUCCGGUCACAGAAGGAGCAAGAUGUCGGAGUUCCACGCCAACGCCAUGGCACCACUGACAGCGAAAACCUGACAAGCAUAUCACGCAUCAGUGGAAGGGGCUCAAGAACUUCCAUUGCCAGCGCUAUAUCAUCGGCACGACUCAAGGCGGAGCAGGAGAAAGCGGCUUUGGAGGCAAGAAUGAAGGCACUCAAGAGGAGACGAGAGAUAGAGAUGGCCAAGUUGAAAUUGAGGUUGGAAGAAGAGGAGCUGAAUUUGACCACAGAACUGGACAUUGUUCAUGCCAAGGAAAAAGUUUUGGACACUCAAGGUGACAAGCACUGUGACAGCAACCGAAGUGGAACUGGCAUGUCAGGUGACAACGCUCUUCUUGCAGUUGUCAGACAACUAAAAAGGCCUACUCCUGAGAUCAAGCGGUUUAGUGGGGAACCAGUCGACUACCGGAAAUUCAUCCGGCAGUUCAACACUAAAGUGGCAGUACAUACUGAUAAUGACGAUGAGCGAAUGAGCUACUUGGAGCAGUUCACUACUGGAGAGGCAUAUAAAGUUGUCUCAGGUUUCAGCCAUCUUCCUGCUGAGCAAGGAUACCCUGCAGCUCUAAAAGAAUUGGCAUCUAGAUAUGGAGACGUGCAUCUCAUGGCCCACUCCUUCAUCAAGAAAGCACUCGAUUGGCCAUGUGUUCGUCCGGACAACCCGAAGGCACUUGAUGACUUCUCAAUUCUGCUGGUUGAGUGUGAAAAUGCUGUAAAAUGCAUUCAAGCAGUGAAGGUCCUCGAGUACCCCGACAACAUGAGGAAGUUGGUGGGUAAACUACCAUUCUGUCUUCAUGACAGGUGGAGAAAUGUUGUUCGGCAGACCUCAGACAAAGGCGAGACUGUCCAAUUUAGCCAACUGGUUCGAUUUGUAAAGAUGGAGGCAAAGAAGGUGAUGGAUCCCAUGUACGGCAGAGAGGCCCUGAGCCAAGAUGUAAAAGGCACAGGGGCAAAGGUCGUCACCAAGCACACCAAUCGUUCAAGGGGCAGCUUUGCAACCGAGGUUUCAAGUGGCCAAUCCGAGCAGACAUGGCGUAACAAAGAAGGAGACAACAGGUCGACAGCAGUAAAGUCUGGCAAUGAAGUGAAGAACGUGUGCAUAUAUUGCACUGACACAGGCCAUCAUACUGACAAGUGCAAGCGUCUGUCCAGUUUGCCUCUGUCUGAAAGAACAGAGUUUGCAAAAUCCAAAGGUCUAUGUAACGGAUGUCUCAAGCGUGGUCACCAGAGUAAGGAGUGUCGCCAUAGAUCCACUUGUGACAUUUGCAAACGUCGACAUCCAACCUGCCUCCACGAUGAGAACAGAGUUCCCAAGCCCGAGUCAAAGCCUAAUCCAGAUGGCAGCAGUGGGCAGUGUGCAAACUUUGCAUAG